AAAUCAGAAAAUCCGGAUUUCUGCGUCGUCGGCCAUGUUCAGUUGUCAUUAUGCUCUCAAAUGUCAUCAUAUUGUCAAUAAAGUUGACCGUGUAAGGUCCGCUUUUCGUGUGCGGUUUUAAUGAUUUUAUAUUUAGCUCUUGUCGAAAUUUAAUCUUCGUUUUCAAUGGCAACUAAAGUUAAUCAAGCCGAUAGGAAAGGAAAAACCAAGAAUGGAGAUCUGAAAAGUAUAUGGAAUCGUGCGAUUACACCUCAUUCGGAAUGGAUUGAAAAGGACGAUUUUUUGGACGUGAUCUACUGGUCACGCCAAAUUGUAGGAAUUUUCAUCGGAAUAGUAAUGGGUAUCAUUCCUCUGAAAGGAUUCAUCGCAAUAGCUUUAUUUGUAAUGAUCAAUUGCGGCAUUGUAUAUUUGUAUUGCACAAACUUCCAAAUGAUUGACGAAGAAGCAUUUGGAGGAAUAUGGGAAAUUAUAAAGGAAGGCUUCAUGACUUCAUUUGCCUGUUUCCUGGUAACGUGGAUUGUUCUCUACACAGGAAUACAUUUCGACGAUCUGUCCAUGGAGAAAUUGCAUCUAUCAUAUUUUUGGGAGGCUGACUAUUGAAGUUGUGUCAAGUCGUACCUCUAUUUGCGAGAAACCAGAAUAGCUUGAUUUUGAUGCACAUCGUUUUUCCGCAAAACCUGCUCGAAUUUGCGAUUUAAUAAUAUAUAGGAUAUGUUCUUUUAACAGUACACUGUUUUAUGUGAAUUAGAAUAUAUGUUAUGUAGCUUUCAGAUAUGAAGUAAUUCAAUGAUACGGUGGUGAACUUUGAAGUCGAUUGUUUAUUAAUCAUAGAAAUUUUCUUCUAUAUAAUCCUUCAGCUUGGGUGGCAGUGGAAGGUUCAUGAUAUCUCUAGUAUCUAUUUGUUGUCUUAUAAUAAAUCUGCAUAAAUGCUGUAGUGAGGAAACCUCAUAAAAUCUA